AUGGUCAAGUUGUUGUCGCCCGCGUUCCCCCCGCGGAGGCCGUCGAGCCUGCUGCGGUACGCCCUCGCUGCCGUUCUCGUCAUGACCCUGUUCUACUACUUCGACCCGCGCCGAGGCCCUUCGGCGACACAGCUGCAACCGGAGAAGCUGCAGCCGCAGUCGCCACCUCCAAGGCCAGACCCCGUCUCGCUGGCACGACCGCAACAACAAGACGCCGAGAAGCCCAUCCCCGAGCCCGCGCCGAAGCCCGUACACCCCAUCGACGACGAACCCACCGCCGCCGAGGGCUCCGUCCCCAAGCCCGCGGUGCCUGCCUCCUCGUCCGAGCCGCACCCCAUCGACACCCUCAUAAAGGAAGCCGACGAAAACUUCGCGGGCCUGCUGAAGAAGGAGUCCAAGACGCUGACGGCCGCCGCCAAGGCCUACCGUGAGCGCCGCGGCCGCCACCCGCCGCCCGGGUUUGACGCCUGGUUCCAAUUCGCCCAGGAGCGCAAGGCCGUCAUCGUCGAGGACUUCUUCGACCAGAUCUACCACGACCUGCGCCCUUUCUGGGGCGUCGAGCCCUCGCGCAUCCGCAAGGAGGCCGCAGAGUACGAGAUGACCAUCAAAGUGCGUAAAGGACGCGCCACCCGCACGAGCGAAUGGUUCUGGACGGUACAUUGGACAAACAUGAUCAAAACCAUCGAGCACCUCUUGCCCGACAUGGACAUCGCCCUGAACCCGAUGGACGAGCCGCGCAUGGUGGUGCCGCAUGAGGACAUGGCGCAGUACCUCCGGGACGCGGCGAUGACGGAGGGCAUGCCCGAUCCGAAAAAGGUCAUGAACACAUUCCAGGCCCUCCCAAACAGCAAGAAGGAGCUCGAUCGGAAUGUGAAGAUCAAGAGCAAGCAUUGGGAAGAGACAAAACAAUACUGGCUGAUUGCCCGCCGCGGAUGCCCUCCCGACAGCCCCGCGCGACUGGCAGCGACGCAAAAGUCGUUCGACCGACGCCCGAGCAUCGGAACAAAGUACUCGAAGCCACACAUGCGCGACGGCUUCGUGUCCAACUACACCCUGUCGACCGAGAUAUGCCACCAGCCGGACCUGCAGGGCCUCAACGGCAUCUUCAUCGAGCCGCUCAGCACCUCGGCGACGACGGUGCUCUUCCCCAUGUUUGGCGGGUCGAAGCUGGCCAUCAACAACGAGAUCCUCCUCCCGGCGGCCAUGUACUGGACGGAGGAGGAGCGGUUCAGCGGCGGCGGCUACCACGGCGGGCCAUGGAGCCGGAAGAAGGACGCCGUCGUGUGGCGCGGCGUCGCGACGGGCGGGCGCAACCGCGCCAGCAACUGGAGGGGCUUCCAACGGCACCGGUUCGUGGCCAUGAACAACGCGACCAAGGUGUCCGGGGCCGAGGACGGCACGAUGGACCCGGUCAACUUCUCGCUCCCGGACAAGAUGUACAAGCUCGCGGCGCAGGCCGUCAACAAACUCGGCGAGUGGAUCGGGUCGUGGGCGGACGUGGGAUUCACGGAUCUCAUGUGCGAGCCGCAGGGAAAGGCCGGCACGUGCAACUACACCAGCCCGUACUUCAACCUGACGGAGAGCGUCAUGCUCACCGAGAUGUACGACUCCAAGUACCUCCCGGACAUUGACGGCAACAGCUUCUCGGGGAGGUACCUGGCGUUCCUGGGCAGCACCAGCCUGCCGAUCAAGGCGACGCUAUGGCGCGAGUGGCACGACAGCCGGCUGGUGGCGUGGAAGCACUUCGUUCCGAUGGACAGCCGGUUCAACGACUACUACGGCAUCAUGGAGUACUUUCUCGGGUACGGAGGCGAGAAGCGGGCGCACGACAGCGAGGCGGAGAAGAUCGCGAUGGACGGCAAGGCGUGGGCGGAGAAGGCGCUGCGCAAGGAGGACAUGCAGAUCUACACGCUGCGUCUGCUGCUCGAGUACGCGCGGGUGACGGACGAGAGGAGAGAGCGGAUGGGGUGGGUGCACGACUUGCUGGCGGAGAACACGGCGACGUGA